UGAAAAUCUUCCCAUUUAUCUCUUGAUCGAUUUUUGCCUCCCACACUCUGCGCCGUCAUUCUUAUCCGUACCUGUCGCCGCCACCCCCGUCUCUUUUGUCAAUGUUGAGCUCGGAGAAUUGACAGACGUUGUCGCAUCCCCUGAGAUUAUGCUAUUCAACCUUGGUCUGACAGCGGAUGCGGCAGCAGCUCACGAAAACGAAUUCCUCGGUUCUCCGACCGAAACUCAGCUGCCUGGCCCGACGCGCCAUUCGUCCCCGGCCAUAUCAUUCGCUUCCUUGCCAUCUUGGGGCCUGGGAAGCAUCUACAACCGCCACAAAACUCCGGAACCCGAGAUGACGCAGCGUACAAUGUCGCGGAAGGUAACAAUCGAUACAUUAUCUUCGAGCGAUGACGAGCGUUCAACCAUCGCGCCAGUUCUAGCUCCAUCAAGGAUCGCCCGUUCGCAAUCGGUUCGGAAACAAUCGUCGCGGCCUAAAACGUCAUACCAGCUAGCGCACCCCGCGGCCCACGCACGCCAUAGGCGACUAAAGCUCCGGCCUAAGCUUCUCUUGCAGCUCCAACGUGUCUCGCAAACUCCACGACCCCUCCCCAUCCUGGACGUGUUACCCUCAACCGUGUUCCUACCUCCUCUAGCUCGCAAGUUUCCGACAAUAUUCCGGGGCAAGAAAGGGUUAGGUCCCAACGACCUCAUUGUCGUGACUAGCGACCUCUAUGAGCGGGCGCCUGGAGAUGUGGGGGACAAAUAUCUGAGCUCCGAUGAUGAAAGUGGAGAGCAGCGGGAGGUGGUCGCAACGAUAUGUCAGCUCUUCAGGGACGAUGCCCUUGCGAAAGGAAAAGCGGAGAUCUGCCUGAACCAUGGACCCGUAUGGGAGGCUACGCCUCUUGCGAACGGUUCUUAUGAGUUUGUGGCCAAUACCGACCAUGGUAUCCGAGUCCUGCGGUGGGUUCUGAGAGGAGGAAAGAAUCGUCGUGUGUCUGCACCCCCAGGUUUCGCACCUCAAGAAGACAGCAAGCGCUUCACAUUCAGUGUGAUCAACCCCAACACUCGUCGCCAUCCUGUUGUUGGCACGAUGACUCGCAAUUACCUUGAGGUGUACGAUGAGUUCUCGAUGCCAACGGCUCCUGGCAUUGCUAGCUCGCCAACCUCCGCCAUGUCCGUGAUGAGCGAUUUGUCCGAGAUGGAAGACUCACCGGAUCGGAAGGUCAUGACAACCGACAAUGAACUCCGCAUGUUGAUCAUCGUCACCAGCAUAUGGGUCGCAUUUAGAGAGGGCUGGUCACACAACUUCACUUACGAUGACUCGGCCAUGGCGCUCAACUCGAAGACGAUGUGUCCGUCGAGACAUAGCUCGCCAACGGCCAUUAGAGUGGAUAGUGAUAAGUUCGGUGAACAGGAGAACGGUCACGAUGAUGGGUCUGUCCUGAAUGGUUCGCGACACCGCCUCUCAACUUCAACCCAUGUGCCUUCGCAAACCACGACUUCCGAUCGGUCAACGUUUGGGAGCUUAUCGAGGCGGUCCAAUUCUACUGGAGCAGCUUUCAUUGAGCGCACCAACCGGCGUGCUUCGGGGAGCAAUGGCCGACUCAACCGACACGGUACACUUUCCAGUCCUCGCGAACAGAGACAGGACGAGGCCGAGGAGGCCACCCCUGCUCGGCAGGAUUCAAAGAGCCGCCGGUUAUGGUCCCAUAGGAAGUCGGACAUUCAAACCCCUAAAAAGAUCGCGACUCCCGACCAUAGAUCAAACCAACCGCAAGCUUUUGAAAACCCUCAGUCCCGUCAAGUCGACAUGUCCCGCGACCUUGACAUCAAGUCACCGGCUGGAGAAUCUGUCCCUACAAAGGGAAAGCGCCGCCAUCGGAUCAGCAAUCUCUUCGACUUCAUCAUCCGGAAAACAGGACACCACCAUUGAGCGAAGCCUGGAGCUUACGUCACACACGAUUCGAGAAUUGGCGCUUUCAUUAUACUUCUUCUGCUUUCACACUAUCUUCGAUUCCUACCUCCCUCUUGCAGAGGUGAGAAGCUCUUGUGAUAUCUUCACAAGAUUA